AUGGAUCUGCCGAGAACGAUCUCGGUCCUGCAAAGCGAUCUGUCGCAGCAAAUCGAUGCUGUCAACGGUCUUCUUGAUCGCAUACUGCCUGAAUACUCGCAUUUAUUCGAGUUGCGAGCUCUUCCUGAUUGCGACAGCAUCCAAUCAGCCUGUUUCGAGGUGCACACCGAUGGAAAGCGCAUCGUUGUGAAGGGAGCAUCAGGCAUCGAAAUGGCAUCUGGCAUUCACUGGUUUCUGAAGUACGCAUGCAACUCCUCAACAUCCUGGCACCUCACCGGCGGAAACAAUAUCGACAGCAGCUGCUUCAAGCCAGAAAGCUUGGAGCGCAUCAGUUUGGCAGGUCCCCUUCGUGGAGCUCGCAGUGUCCCGUGGAGCUACUACCAGAAUGUGGUCACGCCUAGUUACUCAAUGGCAUUCUGGGACUGGGAACGAUGGGAGCAGGAGAUUGACUGGAUGGCACUGCAGGGAAUAAACUUACCAUUGGCAUUUACAGGGCAGGAAUAUGUUUGGCAGAAGGUGUGGGCGCAGUUUAACAUCAGUGCUGAGGAUCUGGAGCCCUUCUUUGCUGGGCCGGCCUUCCUGGCAUGGCAGCGGAUGGGCAACCUACGCGGCUAUGGGGGCCCAUUGCCUCAGAGCUACAUUGAUGACCAGGCAGAGCUGCAGCGCAAGAUAGUGCGGCGCAUGCGCGAGCUCGGGAUGUCGCCGGUGUUCCCGGCCUUUGCCGGCUUUGUGCCAGGGGCGCUUGCGCGGGAGCGGCCAGCCGCGCGCAUCAGCCGCUCUGACAACUGGUGCAGCUUCCCGGCGCGCUACUGCUGCGUGCACCUGCUGGACCCCCUGGAGCCCCUCUUCCAGGAGAUCGGCAGCGCCUUUGUCAAGGUACUGAGGGAGGAGUACGGCAGUGAUGAAGUGGGCUUCUACUCGGCGGACACCUUCAAUGAGAUGACGCCGCCCUCCUCUGAUCCAGCCUACCUCACUAGUGUCACCAGCGCUAUCUACAACGCUAUGGCAGCUGCAGAUCCCAGCGCCAGAUGGCUGAUGCAAGCCUGGCUGUUCUAUGACAACCAGAAGUUUUGGCAGCCACCUCAAAUACAGGCGCUUGUGUCUGGGGUGCCGCGGGAUGCGCUCAUAAUGCUGGACCUGUAUGCAGAGGUGUUCCCUCUCUGGAAGAGCACCAAGUCAUUCUUUGGGGCGCCAUUCAUUUACUGCAUGCUCCACAACUUUGGCGGCAACAUUGAGAUGUACGGUGCAUUGGAGGCUGUUGCCCGGGGGCCAGCUGAGGGACAGAUUGAUGGUGUUGCAGGUCUGAUUGGGAUAGGGAUGUGCCCAGAGGGUAUUGAGCAGAACCCAGUGGUGUACGAGCUGAUGAGCGAGUGGGCUUUCAGGAGGCAGCCAGUGGAGGUGGAAGGCUGGAUAGAGGCCUACGCGCGGAGGCGAUAUGGGAAUUCAACUCCGCCGACAGCGCUGGUGGCGUGGGAUUUGCUGCUGCGUAGUGUGUACAAUGCCACGGACGGGCACACGGACCACAGCCGUGACAUUCCCACCAGCCGCCCGGGGCUGUCGCCCGCCGAAGUCGGGCUGUGGGGCCUCAAGCCACACCUGUGGUACAAUGAGCAGCAGGUGGUGGACGCCUGGGGACUGCUUCUGCGCUCUGCGGGUGAGCUGCAGCAAGUGGAGGGGUAUCGCUAUGACCUGGUGGACGUGGGCCGCCAGGUCAUCAGCAAGCGAGCCACAGACAUCUGGAAGGCGGUUGCAGAGGCAUACGUGGACGGCCGCAGCAUCGUGGUGAGGAGAGAGGGCGCGCGGCUGCUGCAGCUUCUGGAUGAUUUGGAGGAGCUGCUGGCCACCAACAGGGGGUUCCUUUUGGGGCCGAAGCUGGAGGAAGCCAGCAGCGCGGGCCACACAGAAGCGGAGGCGCGGCUGUACGAGUGGAAUCUGCGCAAGCAGCUGACUGUGUGGGGCACCAGCGACACCGGCGGCAGCGAGAUCGAGGACUAUGCCAAUCGCGAGUGGGCCGGCCUCAUCAGCAGCUACUAUAAGCCCAGGUGGGCGUUGUGGCUGCUACGGCUGGAGACAGAUCUGGCGCAGGGGCGGCGGUAUGACCCUGAAGCCUGGCGGAUGGAGUGCCUCAACUUCACUCUGGGCUGGGCCUAUCUUCGAGAUCAGCUGCCGCUGCAUCCACAAGGGGACACUGGGGGUGUUUCACAGCGCCUGUAUGAGGUGUAUGGGCCGGACUGGAGGCUUGGUCAGCCUGAUGGGACCGUGGAACCCAUGGAGAUUGAUCAGCUAUAG